UACAGACUAAGGAUUAAUCCCCCCCAGUUUAGUAAACAUUACCCUACCAGCAUAAAUGGACGAACUUGGAGAUUAAGACUUGAGCAGGGAUCGGUCAGCAUGCAUAGUGUACAACAUGUGUCAUUCUACAUUUUGAGUGAGCACUGAGUACACCAACUGACUUGUUUCUCCUCAUCUUUGAUUAUUUCCAGAUUCAAUAAUAGACAAACAAGAUGGAUUGCGCUCACGCUCCCCAGGAUUCGUCCAACGAUGAAAUGCCCAAACUUUAUACCAUGAACAACGGAAAGAAGGUCACUCCAACUUUUUCGAAAGCAGAGAUGGACCGUCGGAUAGCGAUGGUGAGGAAAUACAUGGCAGAAAAUGACAUCGGUGGAACCCUCUUCACCUCAAUGCAUAACGUGAACUACUUCUCAGACUUCCUCUAUUGCUCCUUCGGUCGUCCCUAUGGCUUGGUCGUCACUGCAGACAAAGUCACAAGCAUCUCUGCAGGAAUUGACGCUGGACAACCCUGGAGACGGACCAGUACUGGAGGUAACGUCGUCUACACGGACUGGCAACGGGACAACUUCUGGACGGCCGUUCAGCAGGAACUGGCCGAUGUGCCUUCGGGAUCGAAGAUUGGUUGCGAGUUCGACCACAUGACGCUCGAGAAUAAAGUGAAGCUCGACAAGGCUGUUUCGGGAAAGGGCAUCGUCGACGUCGGAACACCGAUGAUGAUGCGGAGAUUGAUCAAGUCUGAUGAGGAGAUUGCGCUGAUCACUGAAGGUGCUAGGAUAUGUGAUCUUGGAGGCAAAGCGGUGGUCGACGCCAUUGCGGAGGGUGUUGGUGAACACGAAGUGGCCCUCCGUGGGACUGAGGCCAUGGUCAUGGAGAUAGCCAAGAGUUUCCCAGAUGCAGAGCUUAGAGAUACCUGGAUUUGGUUCCAAUCUGGAAUCAAUACGGACGGAGCCCAUAACCCUGUGACGUCACGCAAAAUCCAGAAAGGCGACAUUCUUAGUAUGAACACAUUCCCCAUGAUCGCUGGAUAUUACACUGCUCUCGAACGCACGCUUUUCUGCGACCACGUCCCCUCAGACCGUCAUAUGGAAGUAUGGAAGAAGAACUGCGAAAUCCAUCGCCGUGGUAUGGCCCUGAUCAAGCCAGGUGUUCGAGUGUGCGACAUCGCCGCCGAGCUCAACGACAUGUAUCGCAAAUUCGAUCUCCUCAAGUACCGGAGCUUCGGCUACGGCCAUUCGUUCGGUGUGCUAUGUCACUAUUACGGCAGAGAGGCUGCUCUGGAGAUACGUGAAGACAUCGAUACAGUAUUAGAACCCAACAUGGUGGUCUCGAUGGAGCCUAUGGUCACCAUACCCGAAGGAGAGCCUGGUGCAGGAGGCUACAGGGAACACAACAUUCUCGUCGUGACGAAAGAUGGCGCUCGAAACAUCACUCAUUUCCCAUUUGGUCCAGAGCACCUUGUCGUCAAAAAAUGAUAUUCUUACAGGGAAGAUAUUGAAUUCGGCCAAUCUAUUUGUAUUAUCAAUAAUUGUUACCAUUCAGUAUAAUACAAGGUGCACAAAUCCAUCUUUGAUGGGGGGGGGGAGUAAACAUGACGAGGAGAAUAAGCAUAUACGAUUUUAAAACGGGGGAUCGAGGAAGUGGGGUGGACAAAGAUCCCUCCCAGCAGAUUAACUCACUCCCCCAAUGUCAAAUAAGUUUCGCUCUAAGAUUGAGUAAUUAAUCAAUUAAUCUUAAAAUCAUGUUUCAAAACUGGUAGAAAGAGGACAACUAAAUAUAAAUAAAUGGAAGAAAGUAGAAGGGAGAGUUAAUCAUCAUAUUCGUAAGAUGUAGACCGUACAUAUAUAUAGUGAGAAACCAUUUUUCUUAGGCAUUCAUCAUCAUCAUAUAUAUAUAUACAUAUAACUCUAAUAAAUUGGUUGCGUAUCCAGAAUAUAGGACAGAGCUGUUGCAGUCGUACUCCUAAAUAAUUUCCCAUCUAGAAGAUUUUUUUUUAAAUAGUAGCAGGCGAAUAAUAACACGGUAUGAAUGUCUCAUUAUUUUUCUUUGUUGCCUGCCAUUACCCAGCUGCGGUAAUCCAAUGUCGCACCCGGGACAAGCAAUACAAUUU